AUGUCCAUGGGCUCGAUAUGGCAUGAGGGUGAAGCCAGGAGUAUGUCUGCGAUGGUCCUCCCCUUCAAUGCAUCAUCCCCCGGUUCGGCAGCUGCUUCAGUGUGGAUGAUUGGCGACCCACGCAAGGCACAUCUCAGCUACCAUUUUGCCUAUCCUCGACCUAUUCUGUUCGCAGGGGGGCGUUGA